AUGCCUCACGGUAUCGAGGAGACGCGCCAAGGGGCCGAUGAGAGCUCGAAGGAAAAAGAACUACUGUCGCCCGAAGACAGGACUGCCACCAAUAAAGGCCGAGGUCUAUUGCACGUACCGUCGAGGUCGUCAUCACAAAGAAUUGAAGCCUCGCCGACUUCCACGGGACUGAGUGGAGCCACGGCUGGCGAUGUGAGAGACAGCAUCGAUGGGCAUUCGAAGGAUUCCAAAGGAAGUACGUUGGGUCAAUACCGCGACGGAAGCGCAAUUAGUAACCAUUCAGGUGUCGGAACAGGACCGACCGCCACCCCGGAGAACUCGCAACCCAGCUCUCCUGCGGCUGCGUCCCACAAGAAGAAGAAGAAGAGCGGCGGCAUAUUGGCCCUGUUCAACUGCUGCGGCGUUCCCGACCACGCUAACGGCCUGGAACCUAAUGAUGAUCAGCCCAGUCACAAGGUAGAGAAACUCGCGCCCAGACCGAUGACAGCCAGUCGGCGGACGGUCACGCCAUCAGAGCAACCGUCAAACAGUAAAACACAGCUUUACGAAAAGGAGCCGCAGCCCCAGAUCACGACAGAACACGCCAAGCCUGGCAAGCGGGUAUCUGGAGCGAGCACCCAAGACCAGUCAACAGUCGGCGAACGAGAUGGAGAUUCGAAGCAGACCACGCUCGUGGGGACCACCGCUCCCAUCGUAACAGUAGAACCACCUCACGCGACACACUCGGGCAUUCCCGAACCGGCAGAGGAUGCGUCAGCUGAUAGGGAUGCCGAAGGCGAUGUUGCCAUGCCGGAUGCCGAAGCCGCGUCAAAGCAGCAAGCCAGACAGCCGGGCACGGGGACUGCAGGAAAUGCCGACGAGACCUAUACAAACGUACCGCCGCCACCACUCGGUCCUAUUCCGGCCGUGCCAAAUGCGCCCGGCAGCCAGCUCAACGAAGGCCUAAUUGAUUUCGCACCCGAUCAAUCUCAAAAGUUCCUCUUACCUCCCAAAGCCCCCGAAUUCACGGGAAAGAAGUGCCUCGUCCUGGAUCUGGAUGAGACGCUUGUCCACAGUUCGUUUAAGGUAGGCGACCAGCAGAUCCUUCACCAAGCGGACUUCACAAUCCCGGUAGAGAUCGAGGGUAACUACCACAAUGUCUAUGUGAUCAAGCGACCAGGCGUCGACCAGUUCAUGAAGCGAGUGGGUGAACUCUACGAAGUGGUUGUCUUCACUGCGUCGGUUUCCAAGUACGGCGAUCCCCUGCUUGAUCAGCUGGAUAUCCAUAAGGUUGUCCACCAUAGGCUAUUCAGGGAGAGUUGCUAUAACCACCAGGGCAACUAUGUCAAGGACCUUUCGCAAGUCGGCCGAGAUUUGAGGGACACCAUCAUCAUCGAUAAUUCGCCCACCUCGUACAUCUUCCACCCGCAACACGCAGUUCCAAUCAGCAGCUGGUUCUCCGACGCCCACGACAACGAGCUGCUAGAUCUUAUCCCCGUCCUCGAGGACCUCGCUGGCUCCAAUGUGCAGGACGUCAGCUUAGUUCUCGAUGUCACUCUUUGA